AUUCAAGGUCGUUCAUAACCUCAAACUUCGAUGAGGGGGUGAAAGGUUAUUAUCAAUUUUAAAAUGGCCCUUCUAUAUUCUACUAAUGACUUCAUAGUCUAGAUAUCUGUUAAUUAGCCCUGCGCUACUGCAUAACAUGCAGUCAUCAUCGAUGUGGGGUGUAAACAUGUGAGCGGACAAAGCGGACUAUCAGCAGCGGAGCGCAGUCUCUAGCUUAUGAAUUUUUGUUAUAUUGGGCUUACCACGUGAGCGGACUUUUUACUCUGAAUCCAAGCAAGUACAGAAUAUAUUGGAAAUGAACGGGUGGUUCCUAGGAAGGGAAUAUAGGUUAAACCAAGCUAUCGGGCAUGGAACCACGACCCAUUAUGGUAAAUGAUAGAAUGGGGGGGGGCGGAAGAGACGGAGGUCUUGUCAAUGUCUUGUCAAUGAGUCAUCCACUUAACUAUAUGAAGUUGUCCGCUCUUAUAAUAUCAUAGGAGCGGAUUCUCAUAUUUCAGCGCGCUGUUCGACCAUAAUAUUAAGCGAUUGGCCACUAUUCCUUACCAAGAUGGACCGUAGAGCUCAGUUUGCUUGUGUUACUUGUCGGCGACUGAAACGGAAAUGUCCCAAAGAACUACCGUCUUGCUCAUUGUGCCUUAGACUCGAAAAACAAUGCGAGUAUCCGCCACGAGUCCGGAACUUAUAUGAGAACACGACUCUCGAUUCAUCAACUGGCUCUCAAGGCACGAGUGAAGGAGCAGAUCAUCAAAUAUCAAGCCACACACCAACAGAGCCAAGUUUGAACCUCGAACAAGAUGCUGUCUUGGGGCAUAAAGAUAUCCUUACUUUCCCAGCAAUGUUCUUUCUAGAGGCUGAGGUUUGCGUCAAGCCUUUAGCAUCAGAACCUAGCCAAGUAAGAGGUUUCAUAACAUCACAUUGCAAUCUUUCACAAGAGGCAGAUGCAAUCUGUGAGAAGUAUUUCUCCACUGUCCACCAAUGGUUGCCAAUACUAAGUAAGAAGCGUGUCCGGCGACAUAUUGCCGAGAAUGAAUUAGUACCUGACUGCCCCUCUCAACUAUUAUUACUUUGCAUGAAGCUGGUAUCGGAACCAUUGGCGGCAGAUGUAUCCGCCAGAGCGAAUUCACCUUACAAAAUGGUCUUAGAGACUUUGCUUGAAGUCGAAAAUUCAUAUCUUCCCUCUCUUCAGCUUCUCCAAUCUGUAAUCUUACUAUCCGCUUACGAACUUGGUCAUGCGAUAUAUCCGGCAGCUUACUUGCGUGUCGGACAUGCUGCUCGUCUUUGUGUCAUGAUGGGAUUUCACGAUCGGAAAAACGCGAGCCAGCUGUUCAAAGAUGCAGUUACAUGGACAUCACGAGAGGAAGAACGAAGGACGUGGUGGGCGGUGUUUUGCCUCGACAGAGUCACUAACCAAGGCAUUAAUGGAUUACCUUUCUCAGCGCCCGAACCAAGUCCAGGAGAGUUAUUGCCAUGUCCUGAAGGCCCGUGGAUUGAAGGCGGAGUUGGCUUUAACGAACCCCUUUUUGCGACUUCGUUCUCAAACAAUACGAGUUUAGGAUCAUUCGCCAAUAUGUGCCAGGCAGCGCAUGUCCUUGGUCGUGUAUUGCGCCACCGCGAUGAACCUCAUAGUAGCCGUAUAUCCCUUGGUUUUCGGGUAUCAGAAGCAAGACAGCUUCAUCAUAUUCUCACGUCCUUAUCAUCACAUCUGAGUGACAUUUCUCAGGAGUCACUUUUGCUCGACAACUCUGUACUGGUGCCCCUAGCUUUAUGUUUUUCUGCACGCCUCAUUCUAUAUGAUAUAUACGCGUGCAAUGAGACGCAUUCGACGGAUUAUGGCAGAUCUUCUGAAGAAGCGGAUUUGCAGAAAGAGGCCAUGGCAGGAAUCUUUGAUGCUACUAGGGGUAUUUGGCAACUCGCGUGUCAACUACUUGAGUCUAUUAAUCAGGCCGGAGAAGAUAGGCCUGAGAACCUCAGCCCGCUUCUAUGCCAUUGCUUAUACGCCGGAGCGGGUGAAAGCGAGUGGCUCGUCCUCGAACAUGAAGAUUCCACUGCGGGUAUAUGGCUGAAAGACAUCGUUAAGCUUCUUCAGGUUAUUGGGAAACGAUGGCAAGUCGCAGAUGUCUACUUAUCGCAGAUCUAUAAAUGGCCUGGAUAUAAUAGCUUGAGUAUGUUAUGAAGGGUCACACGGUACCGACCGAAGCACUAUAGAUGACGUUGAAAGUAUCUCAAUGAUAUUGAGAGAAUAUAAUC